AUGGGAGGUGGAAAGGAUAAGCAUGCACAAUAUCCUCCCGGAGGACAACAUCCUCCGGGAGGGCAAUUUCCUCCUGGAGCACAUGGAAUGAUGGCGGGAGUAGCAGUUGCUGGAGCAGCCGCGUAUGGUGCUCAUCAUAUGGGACACGGCGGAGGUCAUUACCCUGCACCGGGUACCACUCAUUAUGGACAUAAUGAUCAUGGAAAGCAUGACAAGGGGCAUGGAAAGUUUAAGCAAGGAAAGGGGAAAGGCAAAUACAAACAAGGCAAAUUUGGCAAGAAUCAUGGAGGCAAAUUCAAGAAGUGGAAGUAA